AUGAAGCUGCCAAUGCUCCCAUCCAGGAACCAAGCUAACCGUGAUAGGUUCAUCGAGUCCCAACUCCAGCUAGAGGCAGAUGCGCGUGAAGCGCUGCCAUACUCUUUCGAUUCCUGCACCUAUGCCCUCGGACCACUGCGCCAGAACCUGUUCGCCUGCAUCACCUGCAACCCACCUCCCACGAGCGCCGACGAGCCCUACAUUGCAGCUGCUGUCUGCUAUUCUUGUUCCAUCUCAUGCCAUGGCGAACACACUCUUGUUGAACUGUUCAACAAGCGCAACUUUGUCUGUGAUUGCGGAACCACGCGCAUGCCCUCUUCAUCUUGCUGCACUCUGCGCGAUGAUCCAACAACCGGCAAGAAAGGCGCCCGCUCUCAAGAAGCCGCGCCGGGCAACACAUAUAGCCAGAACUUCCGUAAUAAGUUCUGUGGCUGCGGCGAGCAGUACGACGCAUUCUCCGAGAAGGGCAUCAUGUUCCAGUGUCUUGGGCUGGGAACCGUUGAGACUGGUGGGUGUGGCGAGGACUGGUGGCAUCCGGAAUGUUUGAUUGGGCUGCCUCGAGAUUGGAAUAAGCUUGCACCCAAAGAGCAUGCAGCUGCAGGCGAUGCCGCAGAAGAUGAUGCAGACGAGGAAACACCCCUUCCGCCUGGGUUUCCUGCAGAGGAUGACUUUCAGCACUUGAUCUGCUACAAGUGCGUUGACUCCAACCCUUGGAUCAAACAAUAUGCAGGAUCUUCCGGAUUCCUGCCCCCGGUCUUGAAGAAUGGGGGGUUGCAAAAGACAGCCAACAAUACGGAAGAAGCCAGAACCACUGUUGAGCCUAAAUCGGAAGAGUCAGCGGCUGUGGAAAGUAAGGCCGAGGUGAGCAAAGUCGAGGAGAGUAAGGUCGAGGAGCGAAAGGCUGAAAAGAACUCGACUGAGCCAAAGAAUGAUGACAUGCCCCAUGAACAAGCGCUGGAGCAAUCAAAGAAGCGCAAAGCGGACGAUGAUGAGCCCAGUCGGGAAGAGCCUGCCGCAAAGCGAAGUAAAGAAGAUUCUACCGAGGAAGCGCCACCCAAGCCAACAACACUUGAAGAUGAACCUAAAGAAACAGCCCACACUGCCACACCUGCGGCACCAAAACAUGCAUCACUCCCAAAAGCGACACCAAACGAAUCGUUUUCCCUUUUCGCCCUCCAAGAUUUCCACGAGCAACUAUGCCGAUGUGCAGACUGCUUCCCUUAUUUGGUUCCCCACCCACAGCUACGUGAACCCGAAGAUACAUACGAGCCUCCGGUUUCUGAGGAUGGCGAUGCCGAUGGCGCUGCCAGUGCAGGAACUGGUAGUAUUUACGACCGUGGCGAAGCCGCUCUGAACAGCGUGGAUCGCGUACGAGCCAUUGAAGGCGCCAUGGCGUAUAAUCAUCUCCGCGACAACCUGAAAACGUUCCUCAAGCCAUUUGCCGAAAGUGGACAGGCGGUCAGUGCCGAGGAUAUCAAGGGUAUCUUCGAGAAGCUCCGUGGAGAUGACAAGGGGAUUCAAGAUGCUGCUGAUCAUGCCUCUGGUACUACCAAUGAUAAGGACGGCGAUGGAAGCGGCCGGAAUGAGCAAAGUGGUAUGUGA